GACCUGCCCCGCUCUGAUGUACACUCGUGCUGUAAACGAAAUUAGGGUCGGACGCCACGGCCACAACCAUCCGCGGCGAGGCAACUACCAGAGAAUUCACGAGCAGGAUUUUGACACGGUUGUGGUGAACCCAGGAAACUCACCAUUGCUGUACGAUAACCUGGCACCGAAACCGGAAGUCUGGUACACCACUCCCGUGCCGAUGCACACGACCCAAAAGUACAUCUCCUUCCGCGGGUUCAGCUAUCGGGUGGAGAAAACCAUCAGCAAACACAACACCGUUGCCUGGGUUUGCCCCAAUCCGACGUGCGAGUCGCGUAUAAUAACGCGCGGCUAUAACCAGAUUUGGUUCGACUCGAUCGAGCACAGUCACGCCGCGUCGAAGAGGUCGGUUGAGGCUGCCUCCGUCCGGAAGCCACUCGGGCAGCCCAAAGGAGGGAACGCACGCAAAUCGGCCGGCAAAGAUUCCACUUCCAAAAAGGGCAAGAGUGUUUCCUUCGUUGAGGAUGUCACAACUCAAGAGGAAACACAAACUAACCCUGACGAUGUCCGAAUCACCCGAAGUUCUGAAGCGAAGAAACGAAAAACUACGUCUCCUAAGAGCAACACCCAAGCGGAGCAAGUUUCAAGCACCAUCGCAAGAAGGAACUCAGCAAUUCCCAAAAGUUUGUCCAAGGAGUCGGCGUCCAACGGAUCACCGCAACACGCUGUUCCUUCCCAGACAAGGCGCCGAUCUUCGAUCCACAGCUCAGCUACAGACAAGGACAACCCUUUGAUGGUUUGGCUCCCCAACGCCAGCGAGAGCACGCCACAACUCCCAAAAGCUCAGGAGGAAUCAAUCGAAAUCGAAUGACCAGCUGCCAUUGUCGCGCAUUUGUGAAAUUAAACGUUUUGUAGUACUAGAAUGAA